AUGGAUCUGGAAUGCAGCGAAGGGGACUGUGAACAGACUUGCAAUGCUAAAACAUGUAAACUGAACUGCAGUGGAGGAAAGUGCAAGAAACAGGAAUGCUCUGAGGAAGUAAAAAUAUGUGAAAUGGGUCUAGAUUGCAAAGAAGGGGAUUGUGAACAGACCUGCGGUGCUGAAAACUGCAAUCUGACUUGCAGUGGGGGAAAGUGUAAGUUAAAAAUGUGUCAUUAUGAAAGAGAAUUAUGUGCAAUGGAUCUGGAAUGUAGCGUAAGGGAUUGUGAACAAACUUGCGAUGCUAAAACAUGUAAACUGAACUGCAUUAGGGGAAAGUGCAAAAAACAGGAAUGCUCUGAUCGAGUAGAAAUAUGUGAAAUGGGUCUGGAGUGCAAAGAAGAGGAUUGUGAACAAACUUGCAGGGCUGAAAAAUGCAAUCUGACCUGUAUUGGGGGAAAGUGUAAAUUGCAAGAGUGUCACGAUGAAAGAGAAUCGUGUGCAAUGGAUCUGGAAUGUGGCGAAGGGGAUUGUAAACAAACAUGCGAUGUUAAAACAUGUCAACUAAACUGCAGCGGGGAAAAGUGCAAAAAACAGGAAUGCUCUGAUGAAGUAGAAAUAUGUGAAAUGGAUCUGGAAUGUGGCGAAGAAGAUCGUAAACAAACUUGCGAUGCUAAAGCAUGUAAACUAAACUGCAGCGGGAGAAAGUGUAAAAAACAGCAUUGCAGCAAUGGAGUACAAGUGUGCAGCAUGCAUUGUAACGCCAUCGAUUGUACACAAACGUGCGACAGUCCCACAUGUCACAUGGCAAGAAGCUGGCCUAGCAAUUCUCAGGCGGUAAAUUCCAUGAAAACUAUAAGCUUGUUAUAUUCAACAAUUGCCUAA